AUGGCGUCAAAAAAGUAUUACACGACCCAAGAACUAAUUGAUUUAGUUAAAGAUGAGCAGUUUUGGGCUGCACAUGUUUUUAUCACGCCUCCAAACGAUGGAAGGGAUUCUGAAAAGGAUUCUGAUGAUGAUGAAGUUCCUUCCAUGAUUAGGAUAAAAAUAUUGAGGAAAUCUUCGCAACCAGGAACCUCAGGCCAUUCUAUCAUAAAUGAUAACUCUCUUGAAUUAUCUGAUGGUAAUGCAAGCGACAAUAGCGAUAAUAUACCUUUAGCUCGCUUGAUUACCCAAGCUAAUAUAAACAGAAUAAAUUUAGAAAGAAGCUGGAAAAAAGUGGAAUUGAAUAACUCCUUCCCACAAUUUGUGUCUCCGAAAGAGCUUGGCGCAAACGUCGACAUAUUUCUUGAUGCUGUUGCGUGCUUUGAAUCAUUUUUUGAUAUUGAAAUAUGUAAUUAUUUAGUAGAAAUGCUUAAUUUGUACGCUAGACAAAAAGGCAAUCAUAAUUUUAGUACUGAUGCAGGAGAACUAAAAUGCUUUGAUACUGAACAAGACAAUAAAUUUGCAAAGUUGCAACCACUUUUUAACAUGUUGAAUGAACGAUUUUUGUCUUAUGCUCCGCUUAACGAAAAACUGUCUAUUGAUGAAAGUAUGGUACUAUAUUUCGGAAGGCAUGAAGCGAAGCAGUACAUAAAAGCUAAACAAGCAGUUAGGCGCUACAUGGACCCAGGAUUGGGAGGAUCUGUAGUGAUGACCCUUUUGGGGAAUCUCCCAAAAAAUGUCCCAUUUAAAAUUUGUGGCGACAGAUAUUUUUCCUCCCUAAAAUUAGUCAAUUCGCUCCAGAAGAUCGAAGUAGGAUAUACAAGUACAAUCAACGGGAAUAGAUUAGAGAAUUGCCCUUUGCCCAAUAAAAUGCAAGAAAAAAAGGGUACAAGAGGCAGCUUUGAUUAUUCUACAGAUGCUAAUUCUCAAAUAACAGUUACCUUAUGA